AUGGGAUAUCUGGGCAGGAAAUCUGUCAGAACCUCUGAACUUCAUACACCACCGGAUGUGGACAAUCCACCUUUCUAUAUACCGGUUAAGCAGAUCAACGGUAGAUACACGCUGAUGCAGGAAUUGGGAAACGGCAGUUUCGGAUCAGUGACCUUGGCAAAACAAAUUUUCAACACCGCAUGCCAAGGUUGUCCAAAUUGCAGCAGCAAUUAUGGCGAAGGAGUCGCGUCAGAUUCUCAGCUCCCCCAGUUUGACGGUCGAAAUGUACAUCCCGAAAGAUGUGAACGUCGUCCACACUACCGUGACACGCUCAUGGAAGACUCCGUUAUCCCCAACGUGGAACAAGAAAAUUUCCACAAUAAGCAACGCGGCGUUCUGGCUAUCAAAACCAUGAUGACAAGGCUUCCUACGCUCAACGAUUACACUCGGGUGCGAGAAAUCAAAUUCAUAUUAUCUAUGCCAGCGCACAAAAACCUCGUUCAGAUCUUUGAACUUUUUAUUGACGACAUCAACUACCAACUGCAUAUUGUCAUGGAAUGCAUGGAACAGAAUCUGUAUCAGCAAAUGAGGGCACGCAGAAGGCGAGUUUUUUCUCUGCCAUCACUAAAGUCAAUUCUCUCUCAACUGUUGGCAGGAAUUCGGCAUAUUCAUUCGCAUAAUUUCUUUCAUCGAGACUUGAAACCUGAAAACAUUUUGAUCUCUCCAGCCAACCACUAUUUCAACAAGAAAUGGAUAGUCGAUGGCAAUUACAAGGACAACUAUGUGGUUAAAAUUGCGGACUAUGGUUUGGCCCGUCACGUCACCAAUAAAAGUCCUUACACGGCAUACGUGUCUACAAGGUGGUACAGGUCUCCCGAAAUCCUACUGCGAAAGGGUUCAUAUUCAAGACCAAUAGAUGUGUGGGCCUUUGGAUGUGUAGUAGUAGAAGUGGCAACUUUUAGACCACUAUUCCCGGGCUCCGAUGAAAUGGAUCAAAUAUGGAAAAUACUAGAGGUCUUGGGUACUCCACACAGAAUGCCUGAAAGCAAUAUAAGUGGAUAUCAACCACAUGGUGGCUCUUGGGAGAAAGCCCAGCUACUGGCUUCCAGAAUGCGUUUAAAGUUCCCCUACGUCGAAGGCAUUAAUAUCGAAAAGAUCAUCGAUAAUCCCAAUUUGCAGCCGCUUUGUGAUGUUGUCAAAGCGUGUCUUACGUGGGAUCCAAAGAAACGAGCAACCGUUACCGAGUUAUGUCAAAUGCCUUAUUUCCAAAAUACGGUGGUAGGGAUCGAUCCUUGCGCUGCUGGGGCGUUCAAUGACGAAAAUAUCAACAGAAUCACACAAGGUGAUCUUCAAAACAACUGGGAAUCUAAGCUACCCGUCAAAAAAGUUUUUGGCGCCCAUCAAAAUGCCCAUAUUCCAUCUUUUGGGCCAAAUGAAAUCGACUUGAACGGUGGUAAAAAGAAUGACUCCGAGGAAGGGCAAAUGUCAUUCCAACAGUUCUUGCGAGAAUCAACAACAUCCGCUCAUUUGACAAAUUCCACUGUCAGCAGCGGUCUUCAAAUAGAAAAUAAGUUCGAUUCACAGGACGAGCUUAUUGGAAACAUGAUAUCGUUGCCUCUCUCGCAGCAGCUAGAUAAUGACCUUCCGCUCUCGUCUUCAGCACCUGACGUCAUCAACGAAGGCGACAUCAAGCCACUAGAUGUCGACGAAAGUAUAAAUGAAUUUUACAAUACGAAAUCCACAGAUUACGGGGAGUCUAACGCGGUGGGCAGUCUCGAUAACUUCGGACCCAAUUACGUGCACUUUGAAGAAGCCAAUCACGCCCAUCUUCAUCCCCGUCGCAAUGCUUUAGAUGACAUGUCGAUUGACUCCAAUACUUCAGUGCAAAUCCCUCGCACUCUUGCUGUUCCUCGCAUCGUUGAAGAUUGUAAUGAUACAUCCUUAGAGGACCACACAAGUCACAGUUUUUCUCAUACUAAUAGCUUGACCUUUUGA